AUGAGACCCACGGUAUCGCGCAUUGUGCUCGCCUUUGGCUUUGCCGGCACCAUUUGCCAGGCUCAAAACUGUCCCCUCUUCGGACCCGCCUAUCCCUCGGUGAUUGAUGUUACCGCCCCGGCGUUGGUUGCCGCUAAGGCAAAGUUUGACGAAGCCAUCGCGGCCAGCCCUGACAUCGACAAAGACAAAGUCUGGUUUGCCAUCGAGGUCUAUUCUUCGCUCUCAAAGGAGAAUGCCACCAUUCAUCGCCACUACAACCAUGCUCCGGGCCAGAAUAGCUCCCUCGUCGUUGGCCCCAACACGCUCUUCCGGAUCCACAGCAUCUCCAAGGUUGUGACGGUGUAUACGAUGCUGACGAAGUUGGCGUAUGACUACUGGCACGAGCCUGUGACAAAGUUCAUUCCUGAACUUGCGAACCACGAGGUGCUGGAUGCUACCAGUGACGUGGAUUGGUCUGAGGUCACGGUGGGAUCCCUAGCGAGCCAGAUUAGCGGAAUAUCCAGGGACUACGGUCUAUUUGACGCCUCUACGUCAUUGCCCUCAAUUCCUGGUCUUCGCAAGCUGAAGGAAUCCGAGGUUGUCAAAUGUGGCUCACCACCAAACGCGCCAUGCACGAGGGAAGAAGCCAUGCGGCUUGUGCAACAAACCUAUCCCCUGGCCUUGUCCUACCGUACACCCAACUACUCCAACAUGGCGUUCCAGCUCCUCGCCUACGCCGUCGAGAACAUCACCGGAAUUGCGUUCCCGGAUUUGGUGGUCCAGCAACUCAUCGAACCCCUUGACCUGCAACGAACUUAUGUCACCUACCCCGGCAACGACACCGACGCCGUCGUCUACGACGGGUGGGACCUUGACUUUGGCGACGAAGCCCCCAUGGGCGGCUACUACUCCUGCCUCAACGACCUGACCUCGCUCGGGCGCUCCAUCCUCAACUCCACCCUGCUUUCCCCCAUCACCACGCGUAAGUGGCUGCGCCCCGUCAGCCACACAUCCACACCCUCCUUUUCCAUGGGCAGCCCCUGGGAAAUCAUGCGCCCCCGCGUGGCCGUCAGCUCCGACCCCGCCACCACCCGCAACCGCCACGUCGACGUCUACUCCAAGCAGGGCGGCGGCGCCGAGUACACCAGCCUGCUGGGGAUUGUGCCGGAUUAUGAUAUGGGCAUUUCCAUUUUGACGGGCGGGCCGGAUUCCGGGGCCAGUUUUGUUGCGAUUCGCCAGCUGUUUUUGGAUAUUUGGCUGCCGGCUAUGGAGCAGGCUGCGCGGGAUCAGGCGAUGGCGAACUUGGUGGGUAAGUAUACGCUGGCGGCGGGUGGUGAGGGUGAGGAGGCGGGGCCGCCGACGACCGCGUCGAUGGAGAUUAAGAUCCUCGAUGAUGAGCCGGCUAUUUGUAUGACGGCGCUGGUGGGUGAUGGUGUUGAUAUUAUGGAGUUACUGAAGGCGAACACGGGCUCGCUGGCUGGGAUGGAGGGGGAGAUGCGCGUGUGGUUCUACCCCAUGGGGUUGGUGGAGGGGGAUGGUGGCGAGGGGACGAAGAUUGCCUUCCGCGGCGUCGCCGGGUUGGAGGGGAUCCUCCCGAUUGAGGACUGCGGGUCGUGGGCCGAGGGGGAUAGGAUCCGGUGGGGGAACUACCCGACGGAUGUGCUCAUCUUUACGCUCGGUGCGGACGGCAAGGCCAAGUCGGUCGAGCUGCCGGCGAUGGGGAAAUCAUUGUUGCGGGCUCAGGAGUGA